GUGCGAGUCGAGUUCUUGGACGUACUGGGUCCCAGGGACAAUGCACACAGGUGCUAGGCGAGUUCUGGGACAACUCCAACAAAUCCACUAUUCACAACGUAAAGGGCCCAGUCCGCGAGGGUAACAUUUUGGCACUUCUGGAGUCUGAGAGAGAAGCUAGAAGAUUAAGAUAA